AUGGACGUGUUCCAUGUAUUGUUGGGAUGGCUGUGGCAAUAUGAUGUUGACGCUACGCAUGGCGGUAAGAAGAACGAGUACUCUUUUGUGUGGAUGAAUAAAAAGAUCAUCCUACCACCUAUUCAACCCUCUCCAAAGAGUCUCAAAGAUCUAAAAUUCAAACGUAUAUCUCUUUGUAACAAGGGAGAGUUUCUGGCCGAGUCAAAGAAGUUAAAGCAGAGGUUUGCCUUAGUUGUAAAAGAAGAAGUGAAGACACUCACUAAAGUCUCAUGGAAGAUGAAGUCACUUCUUAAGGAGUUCGAAGUGUUGAUUACUGAAGAGCUCCCAGAGGGUCUACCUCCCAUAAGGGAUAUUCAACACCAUAUUGAUUUCAUCCUGGAUUCAGUACUUCCUAAUCUCCCAAAUUAUCAUAUGAACCCGCAGGAAAGAAAGGUUUUACAGGAUGCCAUUGAGGACCUUAUUAAGAAAGGCCACAUCUGA